AUGUUCGCCGCUUCCAAGAUCCAGCGACGCGCUUUCACCGCUUCGGCGCGCAACCUUUCCAAGGUCACCGUCCUCGGUGCCGCCGGCGGUAUCGGCCAACCCCUCUCCCUCCUCCUCAAGCUCAACCCCCGCGUCACUGAGCUGGCCCUCUACGACAUCCGUGGCUCCCCCGGUGUCGGUGCCGAUAUCUCCCACGUCAACACCAAGUCCACCGUCAAGGGCUAUGACGCCUCCCCCGAGGGCCUCGCCGGUGCCCUGAAGGACUCCGAGGUUGUCCUCAUCCCCGCUGGUGUCCCCCGCAAGCCCGGCAUGACCCGUGACGAUCUCUUCAACACCAACGCCUCCAUCGUCCGCGAUCUCGCCAAGGCCGCUGCCAAGCACGCCCCCAACGCUAACCUCCUCAUCAUCUCCAACCCCGUCAACUCUACCGUCCCCAUCUGCGCCGAGGUCUUCAAGAAGGCCGGUGUCUACAACCCCAAGAAGCUCUUCGGUGUCACCACCCUCGACGUUGUCCGCGCUAGCCGCUUUGUCUCUGAGCUCAAGGAUACCGACCCCAAGGAUGAGAACAUCACCGUCAUUGGUGGCCACUCCGGUGUCACCAUCGUCCCUCUCUUCUCCCAGAGCGCCCACCCCGAGCUCUCUUCCAACGCCGAGCUCGUCAAGCGUGUCCAGUUCGGUGGUGACGAGGUCGUCAAGGCCAAGGACGGUGCUGGCUCUGCCACCCUCUCCAUGGCCAUGGCCGGUGCCCGCAUGGCCGACUCCCUCCUCCGCGCCGCUCAGGGCGAGCAGGGUGUCGUCGAGCCCACCUUUGUCGAGUCCCCUCUCUACAAGGACCAGGGCGUUGACUUCUUCAGCAGCAAGGUCGAGCUCGGCCCUGAUGGUGUCAAGGAGAUCCACCCCAUUGGCCCCGUUGACGCCAUUGAGGAGAAGCUCAUCGAGGCUUGCCUGGGUGACCUCAAGAAGAACAUCGAGAAGGGUGUUGCCUUCGUUGCCGAGAACCCCGGCAACUAA